AAUUAUUUUUGUUUAGUAGAUCCGCGUGUGUUGGUUAAUAUUAACAUCAUUUAACAUCAAGUAUAUUUGUAAAAACAUUCGAAACUAUGGAAAGGCGGAAAUAAAUAAAACUGUUAAACAUCAUUGUGUUAUCUCAACGAGUUCGAUGAUUUCCCCGACAUAGCAAACAUAACGGCAGUUGUUAGUCGUACUUACGAUGAUGUUAGCACAAGUUUGCACAGUGAAGUGUUAUUUGAUGUGUAUUAUUAUCACACUGAUACCAACAGUUGGAACAAAGAAAUGUAUUAAUACGUGUAAGUACAACUUAAUGAAGGGGUCAUCAUCCAAUCUCCACGAAGGAAUACUGCAUGUCAAGGACCCGACCAAUAACACCAACUGGCUGCCAGUUUGUUGGACAAAUCUUGAAUUCGAAGACCAAAAAUGCCUGCAAAAUACAAUAGACCAGUCUAAAACGGGGAUAUAUGUCUUCCUUGACGGAGUGUUUCAUUUCCCAUACACAAACAUCACAAACAGCUUAGUUCACCUCAAUGCAAACGUCUGCAACAGCCGCUCAAAUAUUGCGCCAGUUUCGUGUGACCUCUGUACGGAGACCAAACAGAGCGGUUGUUGUAACCCGCUAGCAAUAUGUUUACAAUCAGCACGCCCUUCAGAGUUUGGACCAGCCGAAUGCAGUAGAAACUGGACAGGAGCUCAGUCUAAAAGGAACGACAAACCUUGUCACAACGGACAUACGUUGAGCAUGUCUAGAAUUCGUAGUGCGAACAUUACACAGUUUCCUGGGAAAGCAUGGACGGCAUCCGCGUUUAAAGAGAUUUGCGGAGAGUACAAGGGGACGACCAUCAAUUAUGUAGAAUCUGGCUUAAACCGAUGUCUUCAAGACUGGAACACCCGACAUUAUCUCAAGAAUAACUACGUCAUUAUGGAUCAAUAUCUGAACUGCUCGUGGAGUUCUGAAAGACCAUGUCCACGCAAUCAAGGCGUUGUAUUUGAAUUUCAUGAAUUCGUGGAUCACAAUGAUACGAACAAUAUAUAUUGUAUCGCAGCAUCUCUUCAAAAUGAUUGGGACUUCACUGUGGAAAAUUGCACUACCCUUUUACCUCCCUUUUGCGGAAAGGUGACAGGUGCCGAUAAUCCAACUCAACCGCCUACUGCGAACACCGAUACGACAUCCCACCGCCGGUUCAGCAGAAUGCCAACAGUCAAACCACGGAGCAACGAAACAGUGCUUGUGAUAGCAAUCACGGUGCCGAGCACCUUGUGUGGUGUUAUAGCAGCUUGCUGUUGUUACACACGUUACAGGAAGGUAAACCGAUCUAGCGGCGAUUCUCCUAGAGAAAACACAAUUAUAAAUCAAACCUACGGUGACCACCUAGAUGAAACUUACCAUUUACUGGAUGAAUCGAGGCUUAAAGAAAACCCAAAGCCAACUUUACCUGUGAGAAAUAACGCUCAUGAAUUAAGCGUCAUGGAUGCCUAUUCGAUGCCGCAUGAUUCAAUUGUUCCUACAUUAACGCAUGUCGAUUAUGAAUUGACGUACGAUGACCAGCUUAAAUGUGCACACAACUUCCAGAAUAAAGUAACUGGAAAUAGUAACGACCCAUGCGCUGUAAUAAAUAGUCUUCGCAGACCCAGGCGCAAAUCUCUUUAUUAUGACAUUCAUGCAGUUGAAAUUUCAAUCAUUGGUUAUAAUUGUUUACAUGACUCAUUGCCAAAGCAUUAUAAGCGCCGAAGUUCUGUGAUGAACACUGCACGAAUAAAGAAACUUAGAUCUGAAAGCGAUAUUUGUUACCAUAUGACAAACCAACGAGGUAAUGUUAAUAACAGUGGCUUAGAAACCAGCGAAGAUGUGAAAACUGAUUUUCAAAGUGUUUCUCUAACUUAAAUACACUCUACGAUAUACACUUUUGAACAUAAAACGAACGUUUAUUCAUCAGUCAAACAGAUUUUUAGUUAUUAAGGAAUGGUAUAUUCUGACUAAAUCUCCACAAGGAAGAUGGAAUGUAUAGGAUAGGAGUAUGUAGAAAAAGAUCAUAACAGAUCAAUCGGGCACUUAUACUUUAUUUAUGGAUUACGAGUAUCUGUAUUACUUUGCAACGCAUCAACUUGAAAAGCUCUGUAUACUUAUCAUGGGCGAUGAUGGUACAUAUGUAACAUUAGAACUUGUUUUCAGACACUAUUUUGCACGUGUAUUGCAUUUGAAGAUGCAAAUACCAAUUCCCCAAGGUGUUGUCGCAUGUGAUAUCAAACAAAGUGGCCGUGUGGCCAAGUCGACAGACACAUUCUUAGAUGCUUUCGUCAUCGAGAAUAAGAAGCGUGUUACGUAGAGACAAAAGCGUCCAAUCUGAAGUGUACAGCUAAGAAAAGAAAUUCGUGCGAUAUAUUUAAAUUAAUAAAAAUAGAAGUUAAACAAUAAACACACACAUGCAAAGAUCUACAGGAUGUUAAUUGUAAAAAAAUAGAAGCGAAAGAGGAAGCUUGCGCGUAAAGAACGUCAGAAUCGACUUCAAUAUUACAUACAAAUGUUUCGUGAUUUUGUAUUUUUAUUCAGAACAUAUUGCCGCAUAUUUGAAAUAGAACUCUGACUUAGCUUUAGUUUUGCAAUUGUAGUAAAUAACCUGAAAAUAAAUAUGUUCAGAAAUAAAAGCAUCAUAUAACAA